GGACGCACACGCAACGCGAAGCUGCACGCGGGCGCGCCAAACGCAGCGACACAUUUUGAGAAAAUCGAAUAAAAUAAAAAUUUAAAUUAAACAAAAAAAUUCUAUAGAAAACCAAAAGCCCAAAAAACAAAAGCGCUUCGAAAGCAGAGAAAAGUGAGAAAUUUGCAAUAAAGCUAAAGAGAGUGAAAAGUGGUAAAUAAGAAGAAGAAUUGCUGCAUCUUUGAAAUCAUUGUCUAGUGCUAGUGAGUGAGAUUUUUCCAAAUCUGAAAACCCCCACACGGAAAAAAAACAAAAGUUGUUUACCCGCAUUGGAUGUGAAAAAAUUGCACGCUUCUCAAAUGAAAAUGGAAGAUCCUAAUCUGGCCGACACGUAUGUGCAGGAAUUUGUACUUGAACAUUUAGAAGAUGGGGUAACCCCAGCGGGCACUAUCGGUGUUAAACGCGAGGAUCACAGUCCGCCACAGCCGGCUAGUACGUCCGGCAAAUGGACAACAGUCCACGGCGAACCAGCCGGUACUGGUGAUGACGGCGAUGGCGAAACCAUGCCCUUGCCAUUGCCACUGCCACUGCCGGAUGUGGGCGCCGAUGCCUCGCCUCUGAUCAAAAUGCGCGCGUUUUCCGGUCAGUGGCACAUCGAUGAUCGACGACUGCAACCGUUGUCGCCUCCACCAGAGCUGUAUACGAAUGGACCCAUGGCCGGACAGGCCAUAUUGGUCAACACAUCGGCGGCUGCAGCCGCCGCCGCUGCUGCCGCCAUGCCGGGCGGUGUGCCUUCCACCCCGCCGGAGACGCCACCUGUAGUGGGCUCACCCACGGGCAGCAGCAGCUGUCCAGCGCAGACAUAUGCCCAUCACUAUCAUGCACGUGCGCCGACAUCCUCAACGGUGGUGGCGUCCGCCAGCCAAGGACUGGCGCAGGAGAUGUGUUGGCUGCCAAACUCUAUGCGAGAGCCACAGCCAUUGGACUUGCGUCCGCUGGCCUGUCCCGGUUCGCAGGAGGAGGCGGACGAAUGGGAACGUCAGCGCGAAUAUGCCAUGCAUCCAUCGGCAGCAGCAGCCGCCGCCGCAGCUGCACACCACCAUCAUCAUGGCCAUGCGCUGAUCCAACACCAACACCACCAUCAUCAUGCUGCACAAUUCCAGAUGGCGCAGGCACAGCAUCAUCAUCACUUCCAUACGCUGGAGCACGCGCUGACGCCACUAAACAUGCACACGGCCCACUAUAUCAAUGGCCCGGCCACGCCCACACCCACACAGCUGGGGGCCGGGGGUAACAGCGGCAGUGCCGGCAGCAACAGCAGCGCGGCCUCCAACAGCUUGGCCAAUGCCGCCUCCACAGCCGACGGCAAUGUGCCGCCCAUGUCCUGCCGACCCAUGUCCGUUUGCUCCACACGCUCCUCCACCAACUCGCCACGCACCUGUUCCGGCGCCUACAGCACCGCCACACUGGAGGACUGUAUCAACGAUGACAUGCUGACCUCCUUGACGGUCCGCGAGCUGAACAAACGCCUCCAUGGCUGUCCCAGGGACGAGGUAGUGCGACUGAAGCAAAAGCGGCGCACGCUCAAGAAUCGCGGCUAUGCGCAAAAUUGUCGUUCCAAGCGUCUGCAUCAGCGCCACGAACUGGAGAAGGCAAAUCGCCAGCUCAACCAGGACUUGCAUCGCCUCAAGCUCGAGUACUCGCGGGUGUGCCAGGAGCGGGAUGCGCUCGUUCAACGACUACGUGGCGGUGCAGGCGCCACUGCCGACAGCCAAAGCUCUCCGGAAUUCUACCUCUGACGCCAACUGGCGGCAGCUUCACGUGAGAGCGGUCCAGCUGGCCACCAGCAACAGCAACAACCGCAACAUCAGCAGCAGCCACAAUCGCAGUCGCAUCUGCAGCAUCAACAUCGUUCCUCGCAUCAGCAAUGGCCGCCAGCCCGCUAUCCGCAUCUGCAACAGCAGCAUUCGCAUCAACCUCAGCAGACGCAGCAGCAGACCCAACAAGUGGCCAAUUGAGCUGAAACCACAAUUCGUCUAAUGUCUAUUGUAAACUAAGCUAAAGCGAGCUAAGCCCAUUCUUCUACAAGUACUUCUUCUUCUUCUUCAAGGUAUUUCUCGAUUUAUCGUUUAACAUUAUUUUUCACUUUGAGCGACGUUUAUGCGAAGGUCUUAAAGCUUUUCUUAGUGCUCAGAACUUUAUAUUGAUGUGGGGUGAGGUAUAGAGCAACGAUUUUUAAAGAGAGCUAAAAUUAACAAUAUUUGGUCCAAGCGCUGUACCGACACCGACAAAUCUUAAUCCACGGUACACAGGCAAAUAAUUUGCACACGCUUUCCACCAAUUUUACGAGAAAUAUUAUAAAUGAAUUUUGAAUAGGUCUUCUAAGUAGAACAAUAUAACAUUAACACUUUGGCAUAAUUAUACAAUUCAACUAAUUUGUGUGCAAAAGAUUUGCCUCUCUGACCACAGAUUUAAAAAUUUAUUUGCAGUUAUGUUGAUAAUAAAAUAUGUACAGCGCGAUAAACAAAAGACGAAAAUAGUGCUUCUUUAUAACUGUAGAAAGAGUCCAUCUUCAACUGGACUAGCUAUUAAUUUCUUUCUGAAAGCGAUAAAAAAUAUUUUUUCUUGCCUUUACGUUGAGUGACGUUUCUCGGCAAUACCUUCUAAAAGCAGAAGAAUUUUUGUAUACCUUGUAAAAGCGACAGAACCGUAAUCAGCAAGUAUAACACUAAAAGCACUUAGGAAUGAACCCUUUCCAUUGAAAACUUUGUGGAAGCAACUGUUCCACAAAUAUGUAUUUCUUAAAACCUCUGGUUCAUAUAAGUAAUUCUGCAAUAUUUUCAAAAUCGGAAAUCGGUCACUUAUAAUGUUAUCUAUUUAAAUGAUGUAGUUGAAAACUUUUUAAUUUUUAUAUUUUUGGAACCUCUCGUCGCAUAAACGUUGCAUUUCAUUAAUUUACUUUUCGCUUCAAUUGUGACAAUAAAUUUUAAACUAACUUUAAGUUUUUGUUAAGUGCAUAAACAAAUACACACACACAUACAUACAUUUGCUAACAGGAGUUGUGUGAGUUCGUUUGCAAACAAUUUAAAGAUACUACAAACAGUUCUUCCAGCGAUGUUUUGGACUCAAAUUUUGGGAAUAUAAUGUAAAGAAAACAAUUAAAUCGAAUGGCACACAACUCUAAGGCAUACAUUAAACAAAUAUCAGCGUUAAGAAACGAUCCCCGAUCUGUAUUAUAAAACACAGCAGCUGCAGUGAAACUGAUAGAAAAGGAGCGAGAGAGAGAAUGUGUGUGUAAGGGAGAGAGAGAGGUGGCAGCUGACGUAUCUACGUUUAGAAACAUUUGAACCGCCGCUGAUAAUCAAAAUUUGAAAAUCAUUCGCACACCUAACGAGACGCCAAAUUGAUUUUGAAAAAACUGCAAUUUCCAUACAGAAGAUUUCAAAUACACACACACAUAUAUAGUAAAUAUAUAUAUAAAAUAAAAUAUGAAAUACUUGCAGCUUCUGAUUAAUAAUGCUGCUCGUUUGAGUACAUUGUGUUACAAAUUACAAGUUAGAAACACACGCUUAUUUGUUGAUUAGUUCUAGCCUUAGUUUUCUAGUAUUAAGCAAAGCAAAAUAUCGUAGUUGCGUAUGCAUAUAGUUCGUAUAUAUAGGAAUAUAUAUAACAAUACAAGUAGUGGCAAACGUUUUCAAUUCAACCCCGAUUGCUUUUCUUAUCAUUUCACAACAACUACCUAGCCCGGGCAAUAAACACAAAUUAAAAGGUUGUAUUAUGUUUAAAAUGAAAGGCACUUUAACAGAUUGUAUAAAAAUAAAAACUCAACUCUCCUACUACAUGUGUACGUUAAACAAACUCAAUAAGCAAAUGCCUAACAGUAAAUGUGUAAAUAUACUGCAAAUUGUUAAUAUUUAAGCAAAAUGGAAAACAAACAUAAUGCAACAAUGUCUUUCUCAAUGAACAAAACAUUAUGAAACUGAACAAGAAUUGUGAGUAGACUUUAAGUGUGCAUAAAAUGAGCUAUAAUUAAAGAAAAUCA